AUGAUGAAUCCCUUCUUCCAAAACACAUCCUGCAGCCCGUACUAUCGCACCGAUCAGCCCUGCUCGCUAGGCAACUACGUCAGCUACGCGAUCCCUGUGGCCGGCGUAGCCGAUAUCGUUGCCGCGAUCAACUUCACGCAGACGCACAAUGUGCGGCUCGUCAUCAAGAACACGGGACAUGACUACAUGGGCAAGUCAACCGGUAGGGGUGCUCUCUCGCUCUGGACACACAACCUCAAGUCUAGGCAACUCGUAAACUAUUCGAGCGCGCAUUACACAGGCCCCGCUAUCAAGGUCGGAGCCGGUGUUACGGGCGGCGAGGCGCUUGUUCACGCAAGUGCUUCGGGAUACAGGAUCGUCUCUGGAGAUUGUCCUACAGUGGGGUACUCGGGAGGGUAUUCGUCUGGCGGUGGACACAGCAUUCUCAACAGCGUGCAUGGUCUUGCUGCAGACAAUGUCCUCGAGUGGGAAGUUGUUACUGCAGAUGGACGACACGUCGUUGCCAGCCCAGAUCAAAACUCUGAUCUCUACUGGGCCAUGUCCGGUGGUGGCGGAGGGACUUUUGCUGUUGCGCUGAGCAUGACAUCUAGAGUACACGCUGACAGCAUCAUCGGUGCGGCGAGUUUGAGUUUCAACGCCACUUCGGCUCCGAGCAACGAUUCCUUCGUCUCCGCACUCAAUGCGUGGUGGGCAUUUCUGCCUUCUCUCGUGGACGUGGGCGCGACGCCUUCUUGGAAUAUCUUCGCUGGUAACUUUCUUGUCCCCAACACAACUGCACCUGGAAGGACUGCUGCAGACAUGGAUACGCUUUACUCACCCUUUUUGUCCGAAUUAAAGCGGCUUGGUAUACCUUAUGCGUUCGAGUCAUUCUCUGCUCCCAAUUACCUCCAACACUACAACGACACGGACGGCCCACUGCCUGAUGGUCCUUUGGCUGCUUGGGCAUAA